UACUGCUUAGUCGGUACUAUGUUUGUAUGUUUUCGUUUUUAUUUCUUUUUCUCUGUAAAAUGGUGAGAGAGCUCAACCGUUUCUCAAACUACGUAUCCUGUAUUUUGUUUGUUAAAUAAGUAUUAAACGAUCCAUUAAAAAGAUGAUUUACGUCGUAAUGCUAACCAUUUUAUAUUUCAAACUUGUAAUAAUGGCAUUUUGGUAUUCUAUUGGUUCCUAUGGAAGUUACACAUUACUGGUGGACCAAGGAAUCGCUACAUCGUAUGCAAUAAACUAAAUGAAAAAAUAGUAUUGCAAUAGAAUAGUUGGCAAGCUUCCAAGUUAAAUUGCAAGAUCGCCGGCUGGUAUUGAAUGUAUUGUACAUACAUAGCAAUUAAUUGCAUUCGACAGCCGAUUUGCAUACGACAAAGCUUGUAAAAGGAAAAGAAUUUUAAGGUAAACAAACGUAAUGGCUUUUGUGAACUUACUUUCAAGGUUUUUCUAUUUCACCCAAACUCGCUCGAUUUCAAUUUCAAAGAAAAAAUAUCUAAAAAUACUUGCAGUGCUUUUAACUUCUUACAUAAUAAUAUUAUCAAUGUUUUGUUAGAAACAAUGGAACAUAAGUAAUUAUAUGUAGUUAACAAAGAAAUCUUAUUCAAUUAAAAUAAUAAGAAGGAAAAGAAAUUUUUGUUUUGCCAUGUAGCAAUAAAUAAGCGUGUUUGCGUGAAGUAUGUAGUUUAGUAAUUAUUAACGAAGAUCGUACGAUAAGUUAUUCACUGGACAAACUUUUUCGAGGUUCUUUUCUCCCGGUUCGACCCUGGCUGGAAGGAUGCGCGUAAAGCAUCAUCUUUGGUGAUCGCCUCCCAGAAGCUGAGCGGGAAAGAUAUUUUAUAAAGCACGCCUGCACACAUCGGCGUUACGUGAUUCCCAUCGGCGAGGGUUUAGUCGAACGAUUACUUUAAACGCGAGCACGGAGGUGUUUGUCCCAUUUCGUGCCUCUGAGGGCUAUGAUAUUCCUAUGGUGUUGAUAAAGUGGGACCAGACACCAGGUGGGGUGUGGACUUACCUCAUUAUUUUGGCCAGUGUUUACAUUCUGUAUAUUCUCAGGACUUACAUCAGAACAGUCAUAUUUGUAUCUCGUUUAAACGGACCGAAAACUGUGCCUUUUCUCGGAAAUGCCAGAUGUGUUCUCAAAGAUAAUUUGCUGCAUAGACUGGCGCACGAAAGUCAGACGUACGGUCGCAUCGUCAGGAUAUGGCUGACAGGAUUACCAUACGUAAUACUCAUCGAACCGGAAGACAUCCAAAUAGUCCUCAGCAGCAUGAAGCAUACACGCAAGAUAUUCUUCUAUAAAUUACUCGACAAUUUCCUCGGGAAAGGCUUGAUCACCAGGGACGUGGAUACCUGGAGGACUCACCGGAAAUUCUUGCAGCCUGCUUUUCAUCUUCAUAUUCUCGAGAGAUUUACGAGUACCUUCGCGGAAUGCGCGGACCAUCUGAUGAACCAGUUCCUUAAUAAGAAUAAUCAAGAAAUCAAUAUCACCUCUUUCAUCAAUGAUUCGGUGUAUGAUAUUUUAAGCGAAACUGUUUUGGGAAUCAACCGAGCGAGUCGACAGUCUGGUUUAAUCAUGGAUGAUGAUCUGCCUUUCAGAAAGGGACAAAUCAUGUUAUUGUACCGUAUGGUAAGACCCUGGUUGUUAAUUGAAUGGAUCUAUCGACUGACAAAACACGGAAGACAAGAGGAGAAACAACGGAAGGACCUAUUCAAUACUUGCUUCAAAAUGAUGAAGGAGAAUCGUGACCUCCUCCGAAAUAAAGAUAUCAAUGUGAACGAAACGAAGAAUAUCAAGAGGACAUCUUUGCUCGAGUACAUGGUUGAAAUGAACGAGAAGAAUCCUUGCUUCACCGACGAGGACAUCGUCGAAGAGUGUUGCACGUUUAUGUUGGCUGGACAGGAUUCAGUUGGCACUGCAACAGCGAUGACAAUUUUCCUUUUAGCCAACCAUCCUGAAUGGCAGGAGAAAUGUAUAGAAGAACUGGAUAAUAUUUUUAAUGGAAGUUCGAGGCUUCCAGCAAUGAAAGAUCUGAAAGAAAUGAGGUGCUUAGAGAUGUGCAUCAAGGAAUCCCUUCGGUUGUAUCCUAGUGUACCGAUAAUAGCUAGAAUACUCGGCGAAGACGUGAAAAUCGGAAAACACGUGGUUCCAGCGGGCUGUGGUGUAUUCAUAUCACCUUACAGUACCCAUCGCUUGCCCCAUCAUUUCUCAGAUCCUGAAGCAUUUAAACCAGAACGUUUUAAUUCAGAAAACUCUGAGAAAAGGCAUCCGUAUGCUUAUAUACCUUUCAGUGCUGGACCAAGAAAUUGCAUUGGUAAUAAAUUUGCAAUGCUGGAAAUGAAAUCCAUGAUUAGUGCCAUUCUUAGAAAAUGUCGAUUGGAAUCCAUUCCGGGCAAAAAGGAGGUGCGACCAAAAUUUAGGAUGACGAUCAGAGCGCAAGGUGGACUCUGGGUGAAAGUAGUUGUGCGGGAUCAAAAAUGA